AUGGGAAGAAAGCCAAGAUGCUCAAAGGAUGGUUUGAACAAAGGAGCAUGGACACCGCAUGAAGAUGAAAUGCUUGUGGAUUAUGUCAAGAUCCAUGGUGAAGGUAAAUGGAGCAAUAUUGUCAGAGAAACAGGACUUAAGAGAUGUGGGAAGAGUUGCAGGCUUCGUUGGAUGAAUUAUCUGAGACCAAACAUUAAGAGAGGCAACAUCUCUGAUGAUGAAGAAGACCUCAUUAUCAGGCUACAUAAGCUCUUAGGAAACAGAUGGUCUCUGAUAGCAGGAAGACUUCCAGGACGAACUGAUAAUGAAAUAAAGAAUUACUGGCACACCAAUAUUGCUAAGAAGGCACAACUUCAGAGGCAGCCUAGAAUUGAUAAAAAACGAAUAGCACCAGGAUCUCCAAAUGGGACAGCAUCAAAUUUCAAGAUUCAGAGCAUUGAAUCCCAGUGCACUGCUGAGGUGGCUGUUACUACUACUGUAUCAAAAGAAAACAAAACGGCUCAAGAUCUUCAAGAUAGUACUCUUGCAAUGGCACCAUCCAGGACGCAAGAAAAUGAAACAUCAAGCAAGGGGUUGGCAUCUGGGGAUGAUGAUAACUCAUCCAACAUUGUGAUGGAUGAUAAUUAUAUGGAGGACUUCUGCAAGAUUCUUGAUUCAGACUUCCCAAAGCUAAGUGACAUCAAUGACAUAAUUACCACUAAUCAUCAUUCCAAUGAUACCCUAGAGGUAGAUGGCGAUCGUUAUAGUGUCUCUAUCAACGGAUGCAGUACAAGAGAAAUAGCAGAAUUUCCUGAGAAAUUAUUAGAGGCAGAUUGGUCUAGCAAUAAAUGUGUUCAAGCUGACCAAGGUUUUGAUUUCAUGUCAUUGCUUUCAUUUCUUGAGCCAACUGAUGAGGAUUGGACAGAAGAUGCUUUAGGCUCAAUUCUACGUUAA